UGCUUGAUAGUGGUCGUCGGCUUCUGUGCAAUAUGUAUUUAAGAUUGCUACUUUCGUUCUUACUGUUGGUCAGUGUGGAUGCGCAAGCAGUGACCCUUUAUGCAGACACGACAGACUUGUCAGCUGGUCACCCACCUCAUCUGACCUGUAACCAUACCUACAACCCACUCGUCUCGUGGUGGCUAAAUGGAGAAAUAGCUCUGAGCGCGCAAGUCAACGGAGGAGAAUGUAUGAAUAGCCCAACGGAUCCUGAUUAUCUGGCCGACUGUACGUGUGCAACCUCAGUGCACACAUGUACACUUAAGUACUUGUCCUGGUCUAACGUUGGUGACCAAUGGGCAUGCUCUAUAGGAGAUAUAAAAAGUAACAAUCUGACAUUAACAUUGCCAGCUCCAAAAUCGGUGACCCUAUAUGCAGACGCGACAGACGUGUCAGCUGGUCACUCACCACAUCUGACUUGUCACCAUGACAAGUACCCAAUCGCCUCGUGGUGGCAUAAUGGAGAAAUAGCUCUGAGCGCGAAAGUAAACGGAGGAGACUGCCUGAAUAUCCCAACGAAUCCAGUUUAUCUGACCGACUGUACGUGUACAUACACAGUGCACACAUGUACACUUAGCAACUUGAACAGGUCUAAUGUUGGUGACCAAUGGGCAUGCUGUAUUAUCGAGUGGGAUGGUACUGUUAUAAAAAGUAACAUUCUGACAUUAACAGCUCCAAAAUCGGUGAACCUAUCUGCAGACACGACAGACGUGUCAGCUGGUCACUCACCACAUCUUACUUGUCAACAUGAAAACUACCCAAUCGUCUCGUGGUGGCUUAAUGGAGAAAUGGCUAUGAGCGCGCAAUUAAACGGAACAGACUGCCUGAAUAUCCCAACGAAUCCAGCUUAUCUGACCGACUGUAUGUGUACAAACACAGCGCACACAUGUACACUUAAGCACUUGUCCAGGUCUAACGUUGGUGACCAAUGGGCGUGCUCUAUUAGCGAUCAGGAUGGUACUGUUAUAAAAAGUAACAUUCUGACAUUAACGUUGCCAGCUGCCCAUUUGGUGACCCUACAUGCAGACACGACAGACGUGUUAGCUGGUCACUCACCACAUCUGACCUGUCACCAUCACUACACCCACAACGUUUCGUGGUGGCUUCAUGGAGAAAUAGCUCUGAGCGCGCAAGUAAACGGAGGAGACUGCCUAAAUACCUCAACGAAUCCAGAUUAUCUGGCCGACUGUACGUGUUCAUACACAGUGCACACAUGUACACUUAAGAACUUGAACAUCUCUAACGUUGGUGACCAAUGGGCGUGCUCUAUUAAAGCUUCGGAUGGUGCUGUUAUAAAAAGCAACAUUCUGACAUUAGAAUUGCCAGGCAACUUCUACAUAGAGAAUUGCCAAGAAGAAAUAGUACCCGAAAAGCAGUGAUUGCUGGUUCGGUUGGUGGCGCUGUUGGGGGACUUAUACUCAUCGUUGUUAUGGUCAUCAUAUGCAAGCGUAGAAAACAUUGUACAUAUCUCUCGCAUUCUCAGUUUGUUGUACACUAGAGUGUUUCUGGGAGCAUGCUUGUUUAACAUGUCUAAUUAUAUCUCAAUAAAACUUGGAUUACUAGGUUGUACGUAAAAUACAUGAUAUAUAAUCAACAGCCCGUUGAUUAUGUUCGUUAAUACUUAUUUUUCAAAGCCGCAUUAACACUCAAAGUCAACAAAUAUUUCGUAAAAUAUUUCGUAAAAUAAAGUUAACCCAUACAAAUCAGUGUUCCUUAUAGCAGUAGCCAAAAUUUCAAAUCUAGAUGUGGUCUGGUAACAUAGAUUUAACGAGAUACAAAAUGCUUUUAAUUUCCCGCAACGAUAUCUUUGCAAAUGAAACACGAACACCUAACAUGUUACAUACACAUAUGCUGAAUAUAUUGUACAACAAAACAUAAAAAAAGAGUAUUUUUGUCUUAUUAAAUAUUUGUGUUUAACAUUUUUGUGUAAUCAAUACAAUUUAUUUUUAAGAUAUUCCAAUUGGUGGUGAUGUCCAGGGCCGGUCGCGAUAUCAACGUUGACUUUGGAUGACAGACGAACUACAGCGUAUUAGUCGAUAGCAACUAUUUUACGUUAACACCCCAUUAAUACCCAAAUUUAACGGAAAUUUCGUAAAGUAUUUCGUAAAAUAAAGUUACACUUUAAAAAAAGCAAUGUUCCUUAUAGCAAGAUACACAAUUUCAAAACCAGAUUUUUUCUGGUUUCAUAGAUGUUUGUUAAUACAAAAUGCUUGUUUUUAUAUUUUUCGUGUCACAAUAAAUGCCAUUUUAAUUUCCCGAACUGAUAUCUAUUUAUACGACACAUGAACACUGAAAUGGUACCACUUCUUCUUCACUUCUUUAUAUGAAUAGAUAUAUUUGCGGGAAAUUUAAAAAAAAUGAGCAUUUUAUAUAUCUAUCAACAUCUAUGUUACCAGACCACAUAUGGCGUUGAAAUUUCGGCAAUUGCUAUACGUAACACUGAUUUUUUAUUUUUUAACUUUAUGUUAAGAAAUAGUGUACGCAAUUUUCAAUGAUUUUGAUUAGUAAUGGGGCUUGUUAUACAAAUGAAGCAAAGAUGUGUACAGCAAAGCACUUGUGAAAAUAAUUGAAUUAAAGUUUAAUCCGUUUAAUACAUUUCCAUCGCCAUAUACUCCCAUGUCAGUGUGCCGCUACUGUGGUUUAUGACUAUCAAAACGUGUGUAAAGAUAUAUACGUUUUAUGUGUAGUUAUUAUUUAUGUAAUGUACCUCAUGAAUUGAUGUUCUUAAUUAAUGUGAUGCUCCAUUAACUUCAUUCUAACACAAUACAAACCCCACAAAAACACUAUAUCCAACAAAAAAUCUUUAAAAUGCGCACUGAAAGCGUGAAAUGUGUGUGAGUUUUGUCAAUCAAAUAUUUAAACAAUUGACCAUCAUUUUGGGAAUGCAGUUACAUUAAAGAAUUAUGGAGAAAACUGCAAAACUUUCUGAAAGACGUGAACAUUGAAAUAAAAUGAAUAAAAAUGGCCUUUCUGGCAUUAUCGACAAAAAGUGUACAAUAAUGUUCUGAAUUGUAUACUAAUUUUAUUGAAACAGUUUAUAUUUAACAUGAAAAUUAAAAGUGCAUCACAAAUUUUAAUAUUUUUAUUACUUAUCUUAAGAUAAAAAUACAGACAAAAGCAGAAAUUGCCCUUUUUAAAAACAAAUAUGAAACAAAUGAUCAAAAAUGCAACCACUUCAUGCAAUAUUUUUCAACCAACAUAACUUGGGAUAUUCUUUUUUAUAUUCUUAUUAAAUUGAAUUAAGGUGCCCAUGCUCUCAACAAUUGGAACUUGUUUAUGUUUUAAACGUCAACCAAAAAAUACUAACAAUUUGAUUGAUAUGCUUUAUAUUUUUUUCUUUAACCGUUUAACACAAUCUAUAAUGUGUGUAUGUGCGCGGGUGCGUGCGUGCGUGCGUACAAGCGUGUGUAUGUGUGUGUGUGUGUGACAGCGAGUGUGAAUCCGCCUGAGUGCAUAUUGUUGGCCUCUCAUAAAAAAUAUUUUAUUCUGACAUUAUGUAUGUGUGUGAACUAUAAUGAAUGAUUGCAUUUUUUUACAGUUAUGUAAAACUGAAAACAAUUCCUAAUGAUUCCUAUUGAGUGUGCCAUACAUGUUAUAUGUUAUAUCACCAAUGUUGUAUGUAUGCAAAUGAAACUGGUGUCUAUGUAAAUGUCAAACAUGGUUAAAUAAAU